AAACACAAGUGACCCAAAUGGCUGAAAAUCAAGCAAUUCAACCCACAAAAAAGAAGAAGAAAUAUGCAAAAAAAUCAUAUUUGGAGACAGGAAGACUGACAAGUUCGGUGAACUUGAGCAGACUUACGGAAAUUGAGGCGUCGUUAAAAAAAACAUUAAAUGCCGUUUGUAAUGAAGUUGAUAGAUUAGAUGUGGAAUGGUUGCAAUUGUGUAAUAUUGCUGUUGCACCAAAAAUAGAACCAACAGUAUUAGAUCUUCACUUAAGGACCUCUGACCUAAAUAACAAGAGUUUUGACAAUGUAGAUGUUAUCAACUCUGUUGCAAUUGAUCUUCAAUUAAAUAUUAAUAAAAAUAGCAACUUGAACGAACGAGUCGAAGAUUAUGAAUCUGAUGAAGAUACUUAAUAGAAGUACCUUAACUUUUGUGUGGAUUAAAUUAUUAUUAUUAUUUAAUUAAAAUAAAUAUUUUAAAUAAGUCAA